AUGAAUAAAAAUUCCAAUACUUACGAUACUCUAAUAAAGGUUGUUAUAGUGGGGAACUGCAAUGUUGGAAAAUCUUGUAUUUUAAUGAGAUAUUCUGAAAAUUAUUUUACAUCACAAUAUUACAAUACGAUUGGUGUAGAUUUUAAAACUAGGGUAAUCAAAAUAGGGAAUUAAGAUGUGAAAUUGCAAAUUUGGGACACAGCAGGAUAGGAGAGAUUUAAGGCUUUGACGAAUAAUUACUAUAGAGAUGCCCAUGGAGUUGUGAUUGUUUAUGAUGUGACUGAAAGAUCUACAUUUGAUGCAGUCGAUAGUUGGAUAGAGGACAUUGACAAGUUUGGGAGAAAAACAGUUUAAAAAUUAAUAGUUGGCAAUAAAGCUGAUAUACCAAAUAAAAGGAAAAUAAGCAAGCAGGAGGGUUAAGAGAAAGCCAAAUAAUUUAAUGCUUAAUUUCUGGAAACAUCAGCGAAAACAUCUGAAAAUGUGGAUAGGCUAUUCAUUUCAAUUUGCGAGCAGGUCAUGAAUAUGAAAUAGUAACAGCCUUAAAAUUAGAAUAAUAAUCUAAAUUAGCAACAAUAGAAUUAGACCCAGAAUAGAAAUAAUGGAGGAGGGUGUUGCUGAUGUAACUAUUUAUUUCUUUUGUUUUUUUAUUAAUUUUUAUGUAUAAAA